AUGGCUGAAGGAAUUGAUAGAAAGAUGGACGAUCGCAUGGAGUUUACGACUUCUGCAGAUGUGACCGUCGCGCCAACUUUCCAGGACAUGCAUCUGAAGGAAAAUUUACUCCGUGGUAUCUACGCAUAUGGUUACGAAUCUCCUUCAGCCGUUCAAUCCCGUGCGAUUGUUCAAAUUUGCAAAGGCCGCGAUACUAUUGCUCAAGCCCAAUCUGGUACUGGUAAAACUGCAACCUUCUCUAUCAGUAUGCUUCAAGUCAUCGAUACCGCUGUCCGCGAAACUCAAGCCUUGGUUCUAUCACCUACUCGAGAACUUGCGACUCAAAUUCAAUCUGUUGUUAUGGCUUUGGGAGACUACAUGAAUGUACAAUGUCAUGCUUGUAUUGGAGGUACCAACGUUGGAGAGGAUAUUCGCAAGCUAGAUUAUGGACAACAUAUUGUUUCUGGAACACCAGGUCGUGUUGCUGAUAUGAUUCGUCGACGCAAUCUUCGCACUCGUCAUAUCAAGAUGUUGGUUCUUGAUGAAGCCGAUGAGUUGUUGAACCGUGGAUUCAGAGAGCAGAUUUACGAUGUCUACCGUUACCUUCCACCAGCGACACAAGUCGUUGUCGUUUCCGCUACCCUCCCAUACGAUGUUCUCGACAUGACUACGAAAUUUAUGACCGACCCUGUUCGUAUUCUUGUCAAGCGUGAUGAGUUGACUUUGGAAGGUUUGAAACAAUACUUUAUUGCUGUGGAGAAAGAAGACUGGAAAUUCGAUACACUUUGCGAUCUAUACGAUACCCUCACUAUUACCCAAGCCGUUAUCUUUUGCAACACCAGAAGAAAGGUUGAUUGGUUGACCGAUAAGAUGCGCGAGGCCAACUUUACCGUAUCCUCUAUGCACGGAGAGAUGCCUCAGAAGGAAAGAGAUAGCAUUAUGCAAGAUUUUCGCCAAGGAAAUUCUAGAGUGUUGAUCUCUACAGAUGUUUGGGCUCGUGGAAUUGAUGUUCAACAAGUUUCAUUGGUCAUCAAUUAUGACUUACCAGUUAACCGUGAGAACUAUAUUCAUCGCAUUGGUCGAAGUGGUAGAUUCGGAAGAAAGGGUGUUGCGAUCAAUUUCGUGACCAGUGAAGAUGUUAGGAUUUUGAGAGAUAUUGAGUUGUACUACUCUACUCAAAUCGAUGAGAUGCCAAUGAAUGUUGCGGAUCUCCUUACUUAA